AUGAAUAUUAAAGUAUUAAUGCAAUGGUUGUAUGAAAAAAUAUCGACUUACAAUCUUUUCAUACCCGAAGACAAUGAAGAAGUCAAUCAUACACUAGGAACCAUUCGACAUCAAAGAUAUGCAACUAGACUUUAUAUUCUUCUUCUUAUAUUGUCUAUAUACGUUAUCUUCUUCACAGUUUUUGUUAAUCCACAAACUGACAUAGUAACAAUUUCGGAUAUUACUCCAUCUUUAUUCGAUCAACUUCGACAUGAACAUGGUGAAACACUUUCAUGUCCAUGUUCAACAACUAUAAUAUCCUAUGAAAACUUCGUUCUCAAUACAUUAUCAACAGAUCCUAUUUGUUCAAGUAUUUUUGUUAGUAAAGAAUGGAUACAAUCACUCUAUAUACCAUAUGCCAGUUCUUUUCCUAUAAUCGACUUUCGAACAACAGCUUAUUCUCAAUUUGAAUUACUUGGUGCAUUUUGUUCAUUUUCUCAAGAAUUUGUUUCUCAAGUUCUUACUGAUAUUAAUCAACAACAAUUGCUUACCAUUGAACUUCUUGUAGAAGAUGAAGUUCAAUCUCAAGUAAUUGAAAAUAUAAAACUUAUUCGAGCGAAUACAUAUGUACAAAUAAGUUCAUCUUUAAAUUUCAUGCAAAUAAUAACGCAAUCCAAUUCGUUAAUCUCUGCUUUAAAUACAAAUGCACAAUUAUCAAUAACUACGACGGAUUUGUCCAUACUUACGAUGGAUGAUAAUCAAAUACUUUUAUUAGCUGUAAAACCUACGGUUUACUAUCGCAAGAAUAUGCCCAAUAUACUCUAUUCAGUACCAUAUGACUUGAGGGAUAUUUAUAAUAACUACUGGCCUGAUACUCCCUUAUCUUUUAUUUCUUCUAACAUUUCUGGCGUUGUCGAUGGAUUUUUAAGUGGUUGUACUCCAUUUGAUGGUCUUCUUACUAGUACACUCGAUUGUUUAUACAGUAACAAAUGUCUUGAACAACUAAUAAAUUAUUUUCCAAAUCUAAACCAAGUAUGUAUAUCAUAA